CCUGCGACGCCGAGUUUUCUACAAUGGUGAAAGGCUCUCUAUCAGGCUUCCAUGUAGGGGUGCUGUCCCUAAUAUUUCUGUGCUUAACGAUUAGCGAUAAAAGCAAUCUCGUCCCCGUUGCAGAAGCUUUAUGGUUGACGAUUCCUAGUACGGGUUCCAAGUGCGUGUCGGAGGAGAUUCGAGAUAACGUCGUCGUUUUGGGUAGUUACCACGUGUUCGACGACGAUCAUCCCGAAAGCGUUCCCAAGAUCAGUGCUCGGGUAACAUCGCCGUACGGGAAGCGUCUGUACGAAAUUCAGAAUGUGAGUUAUGGAGAUUUUGCAUUUACAAGUCAGGAAGCUGGUGAAUACAUGGCUUGUUUCUGGACGGAUGCCAGUCGGGAACAAACUACGCCCGUAAGUCUCGGGCUUAACUGGAGAAUUGGGGUCGAUGCCAAGGAUUGGGCCUCCAUUGCCAAAAAGGAAAAGAUUGAGGGAGUGGAGCUUCAGUUGAGAAAACUUGAAGAAUUAGUCAAUGGAAUUCAUGAUCGGUUACUCUAUUUCAAGCUAAGGGAGUUACGUACGAGAGAAAUGAGCGAAGCAGCCAACUGGAAAGUGGCAAGGUUUAGUAUAAUGUCGAUCGGUGUUUGCAUAGUGGCCUCCAUUUUGCAGCUCUGGCAUUUGAAGCGUUACUUUGUAAAGAAGAGGCUUAUCUAGAUUUUGUUCAUAAUAGACUUCGUUAAA